AUGGUUGAAAUCAACGAAGUCAAGGAGUACGCGGCCGGGCCGCUGCGCACGGCAACGCACACGCACAUCAAGGGUCUAGGCCUUGACGAGCAUGGAGUGGCGAAACCCGUCGAUGGCGGUUUUGUCGGACAAGCACAGGCCAGAGAGGCGUGUGGAGUUGUGGUUGACUUGAUCAAAACGAAACGGAUGAGCGGAAAGGCCAUUUUGUUGGCGGGUGCGCCGGGCAGCGGAAAGACCGCUUUGGCGUUGGCGGUUUCCCAGGAACUCGGGCCAAAAGUGCCGUUUUGUCCGAUUGUCGGAUCGGAGUUGUACUCGGCUGAAGUCAAGAAAACAGCAGCGCUUAUGGAGAACUUCAGAAAGGCCAUUGGCCUCCGGAUCAAGGAGACCAAGGAGGUGUACGAAGGAGAGGUGAUUGAGUUGACGCCCGAGGAGGCCGAGAACCCGUUGGGCGGGUAUGGAAAGACCAUCUCUCACGUUAUCGUGGGCUUGAAAACGGCCAAGGGUACCAAGAACUUGCGUUUGGACCCGCUGAUUUACGAGAGCAUCCAGAAAGAGCGGGUUGUUGUGGGUGAUGUUAUUUACGUGGAGGCCAACACCGGAGCCGUUAAGCGUGUGGGUCGUUCCGACGCCUAUGCCACCGAAUUCGACCUUGAGGCCGAGGAGUACGUGCCUUUGCCCAAGGGGGAGGUGCACAAAAAGAAAGAAAUCGUCCAGGACGUGACGCUCCACGAUUUGGACGUGGCCAACGCCCGUCCGCAGGGCGGCCAGGAUGUGCUUUCCAUGAUGGGCCAGUUGUUGAAGCCCAAGAAGACGGAAAUCACCGACAAGUUGCGGGCCGAGGUCAACAAGGUCGUGCUGAAGUACAUCGACCAGGGCGUGGCCGAGCUCAUCCCCGGUGUGUUGUUCAUUGACGAGGUGAACAUGUUGGACAUUGAAAUCUUCACAUACUUGAACAGAGCGCUUGAGAGCUCGAUUGCGCCCGUGGUCAUCUUGGCCUCCAACAGAGGCAUGACCACCAUCAGAGGCACCGACGACGACGUCAAGUACCCGCACGGCUGUCCUCCCGACUUGAUCGACCGUCUUUUGAUCGUCAAGACGCUUCCUUACAACCAGGAGGAAAUCAAGACCAUUGUUUCGAAACGUGCCCAGCUUGAAAACCUCGUGCUUGCUCCGGACGCCUUGACCAAGUUGGCGGAGCACGGCGCUGCCAGCUCCUUGAGAUACGCCUUGCAAUUGUUGGCUCCUGCCGGUAUUUUGGCUAAAACGGCUAACCGUUCCGAGAUCAUCGCCGCCGACGUCGAGGAGUGUGAGCUUUUGUUCUUGGACUCCCGCCGCUCCAUGCAAGUGUUGGGCUCCACCAAGGGCUACCUCUAA